GCUUUGUGGGACGGGUUUAAAGGACUUGGUUGUGAAUUGGAGUGGAUAUGGCUGGCCGUUCUGGAAAUGAAGAUCUAUUUGACAAUAUUCUUUUGGCGGAUGAAAGGUUCCGAGGGGAGGGCUACCAGGAGGGAUUUGAAAGAGGGUCCCGGCGAGGACUGCAGGAGGGCUGCAGACAUGGAGCCUCUCAUGGGGCCAAGCUGUCCUCUGAGAUUUCCUUCUGUUAUGGGUUCGCCGUCACAUGGAGGUGUCUCCUCCAACAUAACACGGAUGUCAAAUCAAGGAAGCGUUUGAAAGCCCUGGAGGCUCUGCUGGCUUUGAUCCAGAACUCGCCUCACGAUGAUCCGCAGUCUGCACAUCUACAGGAUCACAUGGAGAGACUUCGUGCCAAGUUCAGACAGGUCUGCUCGAUGCUCAGUGUCCCGGCCGACUUCAACGAUUACAUGAGAGCCUCUGAAGGGACUUCUUUCUGAAUACCUGGUGAUCAGGAGUACCUCUGCAUCUGCACAGAGAGAAGGAAGUGGAGCUGCUAUCGGCCAGCAGCCCUGUGAGUCGGUGUCCCAGGCGCCUGUGGUUGGUCUGCAGUGGAGUGUGGAGUGUGACUGUGGGUUUGACUGUCCUUCCCCUUCUGGUGGGAAGGUCCACGGAGCUCACUAAAGUGGACCAUCUGAGUAGCUCUUACUGUUGAACUUGCAGAGUCUGGAACUCGACCCCAGUCGGACUUCAGACCUGGAGAAAGAGAUUUUUGUUUAAAUGUAUCUUAAAGUAUCUUGCAGUGAUGUUUAAUGAGCUGAAGUUAAAGCCGAAACUAAGACAACAGCAGGAAAAUAAAAUCUUGGAACAAAUGUU